UCUAAAAAGUGCUGAAUACUGUGACCCUUCCAUCAUUUCUUCUCUGCUUUAUCAUCUUCAGCCCUUGUGUCUUGCAAUUCCCACUUUCAGAAGUGAAUCCUGUUUUCUCUCCUGUUGAUUGACUGUGGUGUGCUGGAUUGAUGUGCUGGCAUCCAGGAUGGAGAAAGUGAGACCCUGAUUGAUGAGGUGGAGGACAUGAGUGGAAGAGCUGAUGUGACUCUGGACCCAGACACCGCCAAUCCCUUCCUCAUUCUGGCCAAUGACCAGCGAGGGGUUGGACGGGGGGAUGAGUGGACCUUGCUGCCAAACAACCCGGAGCGGUUUGACACGGAGCCAUGUGUGCUGGGCAGCCAGGGCUUUGCUGCGGGGAGACACUGCUGGGAGGUGGAGGUGGUCAAGGCAGGGGACUGGUGGGCCGUGGGAGUGGCCCAGGAGUCUGUCAAGAGGAAGGGGGUCCUCAGUUUUACACCCCAGGAGGGGAUCUGGGCUGUGGGGCAGUGGUUUGGACAGUACCAUGCUUUCAGUGAUCCUGACUGGACCCCCCUGCACCUUACCUGCCACCCCAGGGCCAUCCAGGUCUGCCUGGACUUCACAGACAAGCAGGUGACUUUUGCUGAUGCUGAGAGUGAAGCCCCAAUCUUUGCUUUUUGCUUGGCAUCAUGUGCUGGGGAGAGGCUGUGCCCGUGGCUCUGGGUGGGGAGGGACUCAUGGCUCAAGCUGUGCCCCUGACAGGGAGGGAAAUUGGGGGGAACGGGAGAGAUUGGAAAGGCAAAUGUCAUCACCUUGAGAUUGGUUCUGGGAACUGAGAGGGUCAUGCAUCCUGCUGGCUUCUCCUCACAUGGAUCCUCUGGCCACCAAGGGGAGGACUGGCAGGUCAUGGAGCUGGGUGCCAAAACAGAGCCUCCUUCAAUCCCCCACCCCUCAGCUGGGACUGUAGGGACAACAGGGAGCACAGAGACUUGGUGCAGGGAGGAGCUUGGUGCCUGGUGUUCCCAUGGGAGCGACCACCACUGAGUGCCAGGGCACUGCAGAGCUGCUCUGUACGAGGCCUUGGAAAAUAUAGCAGAGUCCAGCUCCUCCAAGGGUGCUGGAGUAGUGCCCUGCCUCUGGCUUUUUUUCAAUUAAGUUAAAAAACCUCAAACACAGCUGGAUACUCAUGAUAACACUUAUCUUCCCCAUGCAACCAAAGCCUCUCCUUGCCUGAUGUGCACCAAGCACAUUUCUUGCAGCAGAGCACUGGUAGCAGUGCAGGAGCAGCAGUUAUGGGCAGCCCAGAAAGGAAAGCACAGUGCUGAGCUGUGUCUGAAAUCCACAGGAGAGGCAAUUCCCACAGAUCUGCCAUUUUCUGAUCUUGCCCCAUCAAGGUCCCACCUCACAGGAUCCUGCUAAAUUCUAUCCUUAGGAGAGGAGAAGGUGGAUGUAGAUGAAGGGGGACAUUGCCUGGGUCCAGCCUAGAUUUCAUCUCCAAACACUUUUCUGGCUGGACCUUCUUUAGUGCCACCUCAGUUGUCACUGUUGUGGUGGCAUGUGGACACAGGCAACAGUAUUGGUCUUCCUUCUCUACUCCAGAAGCUGCAAGGAGUUGCAGCACUGGGUCAAGCCCAGGUAUCUGCCCCCUAAGCCUCUUCCACUGUGGUAGCACCAAGACUAGGGAAACCCAGGGAUCUCUGUUCCCAGUGAGGUACUUCCUACUCUCCAUGGGCAGAAGCCUCAGACUGUCUUGGUUUUGCUUGGGAUAGAGUUAACUUUCCUCUUAGUAGCUGGCACAGUGCUGGGUUUGGGAUUUAGGGUGACAAUAAUAUUGACAGCAACAACCAAACCAUCAGUCAUGUGGUGUUUACCCAAGCCAAGAACUUUUCAGUGUGUCAUGCUCAGCCAGCAAGGAGCUGCACAAGAAGCUGGGAGAAGCUCAGCCAGGACAGCUGACCUGAACUGUCCAGAGGGAUAUUCCACACCACAGGAUGUCUUGCCCAGUGUGUGAACUGGGGGAGCUGCCUGGAAGGGGCCAAUCACUGCUGGGGGACAGGCUGGGCACAGAUCAGUGGGUGGUGAGCAACUGUAUUGGGCAUCACUUAUUCCACUUGGGGUUUGUAUUUUUUUUCAUUACAAUUAUUAUUAUCAUUAUGAUUAUUAUGUACUACUUUGUCUCAAUUAUUAAACUGUUUUUACUUCAAAUAGAAAGUUUUUUUUUUCCUCCCCCCCUCCCCCAUCCUCCUUGGAGGGUGGUGUGUGACUGUGCAGUGUUGUCAGCUGGGGUUACACCAUGACAGAGGUUCACAGCAGAAGGCUGGUGUAAGGAGACGGCAGAUAGUUAGUUCUGUAUUUUGUCUUUGUAAUGCUAAACACCCCAAAAGACUUGUGCUGUGUAUUUAGGGACACCUACCUCAAUCAAGAAGAAAAUCCUUUCUGAAAGCCAGCUCAGUCCCUCAGACUGGAGAAAAGUUGGGUUUUCAACAGAUUGGUGUCUGGGAACUUCCUCACUGGAAUUUUGUGGUUUGGAGAAGGCAGAUUUUGUGCUUUUUUGUGUUUCCUUUUUGAUAUGCCCCCCAAAAAUGUAAUUUUGAAAAAUCAGCUCUCUGGGAGCUGAAUUGUGUAACUGCAGCAUUUGU